GCAUCAAUUACCUUCGUGAUCCCCCCUCUCUUUCUAUAUAUAUAGACAUGUAUGUAUAUAUGUCACCAUCUUCAUCUUCAGAUAAUUACUGUACAAAAUAUAACCAUAUGUCUCCACUUUCGGUUCUAGGGUUUUUCAACUUUUUGUACUCUUAAUAAUUAAUUUCUCUUCACCACUAUAUAAACACACAUAUAUAUAAGUUUCACUGACAUUAAGAAUGAAUAUUCAUAAUACGAGGUUUGAAAUAUCUUACAGUGGCAGAAGAUCCAAGAUCCACAUAAACUAGCUGCCGUUUCCUACGAUUUCUCAAAAGGGGAGGUUUUUCAAGAGACAAAGAGAUCCAACUAAGGAGAUUUGCUUUGCAGAAUCAUGGCUUCUUCUUCAUCAUCUUCGAGCAGCAACUCAAGCCCUCCGUGCGCCGCCUGUAAAUUCCUGCGGCGGAGAUGCCUAUCUGGCUGCAUCUUCGCUGCGUAUUUCCCCGCGGAGGAGCCGACGAAGUUCGUGAACGUGCACAAGAUCUUCGGCGCCGGCAACGUGAGCAAGCUGCUGAACGAGAUCCCGCCUCACCAGCGCGAGGACACCGUGAACUCGCUGGCUUACGAAGCCGAGGCUCGGCUGAAAGAUCCCGUCUACGGCUGUGUGGGGGCCAUCACCAUUCUUCAGCGCCAGGUCUUCACCCUUCAGCAGGAGCUCGACGCCACCAAUGCUCACAUCAUGCGCUUCGCAACCGGAAACGGAGCCCCGUCUUCCGGAAACAACUCGGGUUUUGUCGACCCGAAUACGGGACCGGAUUAUUGGGCUGGGAAAGGUGAAGAUGGAGGUAUCUAAAAUGUAUGUGUCGUGUGCAGAUUUAUGUAUACGAUCAAAUCAUAAAAUCAUACGUAUAUAUGUAAAAUUGACUAUGUUAUGUGUAUGUAUAUGGUAUUACAUAUAUGUGUUGGCAUUUGAAAAAAAAAAUAUUAUUCGAACU